AAGUCUGAAAGAUAAACAGAACUGAGUAAAACACUUGGAGUGUUCUGCACUUAACGAGGUUUUCAUCGUAACGGAAACACAUUAUUCUACAAUCACGGCCUCAGAGCCAAUGAUGGCAGCCACCCUGGCGCUUAAUCCUUACCCAGCAAUGCUUCCCCAGGUCGUUCAACAUCCAUCUGCUGUUGCCGCUGCAGCAGCUGCGCAUUUUUCCGCUGUUUCGGCCGGACCAAGCACACAAAUGAACCCCGGCAUGAUGAGCGGAUACGGCGGGAUGACAGGGCCCACACAACCGCCGACGACACAAAAUGGACCCGGCCUUUCGUUUGGUUUCACACAAGAACAAGUGGCUUGUGUUUGCGAAGUACUUCAACAAGGCGGAAACAUAGAACGUCUUGCAAGGUUCCUUUGGUCGCUUCCUGGAUGUGAACAUCUUCACAAGAACGAAAGUGUCCUGAAAGCAAAAGCAGUCGUCGCAUUUCACCGAGGAAACUUUCGAGAGUUAUACAAAAUCAUCGAAAACAAUAAUUUUUCGGAACACAAUCACGCUAAACUUCAACAGCUUUGGUUGAAAUCUCAUUACAUCGAAGCUGAGAAACUGAGGGGUCGUCCAUUGGGAGCCGUAGGAAAAUAUCGGGUUCGACGAAAAUUUCCACUGCCGAGGUCUAUUUGGGAUGGUGAAGAAACCAGCUACUGCUUUAAGGAAAAAUCUAGAGCCGUUCUGCGGGAUUGGUAUACACACAACCCAUAUCCUUCCCCGAGAGAAAAGCGUGAAUUGGCUGAAGGUACGGGACUUACUGUGACUCAAGUUAGCAAUUGGUUCAAAAAUCGGCGACAACGCGAUCGAGCAGCAGAAGCUAAAGAAAGAGAUGGAAGCGACAUGUCCCAGGGCGGGAUGUCCAUCCCACCAUCGGGUAUGGGGACACCACCGCAUCAACAAACGGGAAUCGACAAUAUCAACACACCGGCACAUGGAAGUCAGAUUGGAGCAGACAUGAUGGAACAAAAAUCCAGCAUUGAUGUGAUGUCACAACAACAUGUUCAUCAACAACAGCUCCAUCAACAUCAUCAAGAUCAAAUGAUCCACCAUCACUCACACACUCCUCCGCAUCCAUCACAUCAUCCCAUGAAUCCGCAUCAUCCGCAGAACAAUCGCCUCCCACCACAAAGUAUGAUUAUGAGUUCAUUAAACGACACACAUCUCCAGCAUCAUGGUGUGCUUCCGUCACAAUACACAUUACCCGGCACACCACAUAGCGGACAAAUGACUCCGCUCCAACACCCAGAGAUGCAUUACCCAACUCAUCCGCAGCAGUUAUCUCAUCACAUGUCAUCAUCCGCAAGCAGCCACGCAGCAGUGUCAAUGCACGAAACAAUGUUGCAGCAUGGAUUAGCGAACAACCCAGUCGAAAUGGGAUCGUAACUUUUAAAUUGUAAGGUGGAUAAACAAAGUUUUAUUUUUGUAUUUGCAGUCACGCUAUUUUAUUAUUAUUGUCUAUAGUUAUACGGAUAUGCACAACUAGAAUCAGAUGCUGUCGUACCACUGUUGAUUAUAGAAAAUUGUCAAUAUAGUUGGCCACAGCACAUCACCAUACAUUCGACAGCCAUUCCAACUUAAAUUUUAGAGAAAUAUUUAAUAGCAUUUUGUAAUGGCAUUUCUCUACACAAUCUUAUUAAAUAUUUAGUAGUUUUCCUGACAAGCAUGUUGCAUUACACUUGUAAGAGCCAUAAUGUUGACAUCUGCAUCGCAGAUAUAUCGCUUCGGUGACGUGUAGUAGUCCAUGUGCAUAUUCACACGCUCUAAUAUCCGCUGCUUUACUCGAAUCUAAAUGUGUAUUACUGUGAUGUCACAAUUAAUUUUCCAUGUGCUUAGCAGUGACCAACAAACAUGGAUAUUUUUUACGAUUUGCUAGAUAACAGUGUGUUUCGUAUAUACUUUAUUUUGAACCAUGACCAAGACGCAUGACAAUUUAAAUUGAUUUUUGUUGAUAUUCAACACAUAGGGCCAUUCCUUGACGAUGCUAUAUAUUUGACCAAUUUUUUUAUGUUAGUCGUUCGCAAGUGUUUAACUGAUUCUGACAUUCCUUUUCAAUAUUACAUGCACUCAAACGUUUGUAUCGCUCAUUUUGUAUGCUUGCGCUGAGUGUUAAGAGCAAAUUAAUAAAAAGCGGAUCUUA